GAAUAACCUAUAAAUUUGUCAUCAUCUUCGUUUUCAAUUUUCACUGUUCAGUUUCUAUCUUCAACGUUUUCAACAAUGGCUAACGUGAGCGGCGUUGUUCCCACAUCCCAUUUUCUAAGAGUCAAGAAACUAUCUGAUAAGGCUGUUAUACCUUCAAGAGGCUCCCCUCUCUCCGCCGGAUACGAUCUUUCCAGUGCUACCGAUGCCAAGGUUCCGGCUCGAGGAAAAGCUCUGAUCCCCACCGAUCUCUCCAUCGCCGUCCCUGAAGGAACCUACGCCCGCGUUGCACCGAGAUCGGGGUUAACUUGGAAGCAUUCAAUCGAUGUUGGUGCGGGAGUUAUUGAUGCUGAUUAUAGAGGUCCGGUUGGGGUUAUACUGUUCAACCACUCCGAUGUUGAUUUUGAAGUGAAGGUUGGUGAUAGGGUUGCUCAGUUGAUUAUUGAGAAGAUUAUUACUCCUGAGGUCUCUGAGGUUCUGGAUUUGGAUUCUACUGUUAGGGGUGAAGGUGGUUUUGGAUCUACUGGGGUUUGAGUAUGAGUGAAGAGAAUGGUUAAUUUUAGUGGUUUUAUACAUGUGUUUGUACUCGGGUUUUAAAGUGUUAGCCUUUAUUUUUUUCAGUAUUGAGGAAGACAUUCUCUGCUAUUAACAUCUACAAGAAUAUUAGUAUUAUCUGAUACAACUACAAGUUAUUUUGUUUUAU